CAAGAGCGGGGCAGACAGUAGUACAGCAGCGGCAGCAUUUACUCUGUUACCGGAGGACUAGUGCUCUCACUCCCUGAGAUCCACUGCUGUUGUUCAGAGUCCCGUAAACUGAGCCUCCACCUUAACCGCUGGUGCAUCUCUCAAAAAAAUUUUUUUUUCUCUUUUUGAGGAGCGAGAACAUUUUAAAAAUCAUCACAGUCUACGGGGUUGUGAAGUCGGUUGUGUUAACCCCCUUUCCCCGAGACGCACAAAAGAAGCACUCCUAAGUCCACCUGGAUAGCUGACAACGCCAUCCGGUCCGGUUCGAGGUCCAGUGGGGAGAGACGGUGAGGAGAAGUUAUAGCGCGGAAGGCACGAGCUAAAGAAACAGGAGAAGACAGGAUGAAUCUCAAGAGUCAUUUGAUUUUCACCCUCUACACUAUUUAUGGGAUUCUUCUGAAAGUGAUGGCUUCAAAAGGCAAAGCUCGAGGCAUCAGCGGUCAGUACCCUCUGGUUCAGAAUGUGACGGUGACGGAGGGUGGGACGGCGAACAUGACCUGCCGUGUGGAGUAUAAUGACAACACCUCCCUCCAGUGGUCAAACCCAGCACAGCAGACCCUCUUUUUCGGGGACAAGAAAGCUUUAAGGGACAACAGGAUUGAGCUGGUGCACGCAUCGUGGUCAGAGUUGACCAUCAGCAUCAGUGAUGUCACGCUGACGGAUGAAGGCAUGUACACCUGCUCUCUCUUCACCAUGCCUGUCAGAACGGCCAAAGCCUACCUGACUGUUCUAGGUGUGCCGGAGAAGCCGGAGAUCGAUGGCCUGACGAAGCCUGCCAUGGAGGGAGACCACAUCACUCUGACCUGCAUGACUCAGGGCAGCAAGCCCGCCGCCGACCUGCGCUGGUUCAGGAAUGAAAAGGAGGUCAAAGGUGCCAAAGAGGUGAAUGCAAGUGGGAAGACAUUUACAGUACGGAGCUCUCUGCAGCUGCAUGUGGACAGAAAUGAUGAUGGAGUGGCCUACACCUGCAGAGUGGACCAUGUGGCACUCGCACAGACACCACAGCAGGCCACCGAAGUACUGGAGGUCCAUUAUGCUCCUCGUGUGCAGAUCAUCAACUCCCUUGCAGUCCCUCAGGAGGGACAGUACUUAAAGCUGGAGUGUGUGUCCAAAGGAAACCCCUCGCCGGAUCCUGUGAUGUGGACAAAGGACGGGGGUGAACUUCCUGACCUGGACAGGGUGAUUGUGGAGGGGAGGGAGCUCACCUUUACUUCGCUCAACAAGACAGACAAUGGCACCUACCGCUGUGAAGCCGGCAACCACCUAGGGACCAGCAGCGCUGAAUAUGUACUCUACGUCUAUGACCUCCCCACAACCCUGCCUCCAUCCACCACUACCCCCCUACAUCCCAUCCCUCCAGAUCCUACCGCUCUAUUAGGCACCCACGCCUCAGACCCCACAGUCACUGGCAACAGAGAUCCCAACGCUCUGGGGCAGCACGGCACUGACCAUGCCUUGAUCGGAGGAGUGGUGGCUGUAGUGGUCUUUGUCACCUUGUGUUUAAUCAUUGUACUGGGAAGAUACCUGGCCAGGCAUAAAGGAACGUACUUGACAAACGAGGCCAAAGGGGCGGACGACGCGCCCGACGCCGACACAGCUAUCAUCAACGCUGAGGGCAACCAUGCACAUGCAGAAGAAAAGAAAGAAUACUUCAUUUAGACUGCAGAGGGAGCUGUGCAGGGCUCCCCCCCCCCCCCCCCCCCCCUUUCAAUCUCUGUAUCUCUUUUUCUCUCUCUAUCUGUCUCCCCCUUUUCUUCUCCACCUCUGACCACUGCCCCCGACUUGUCACCGAGGAACCCGCAGGCAGUCCACAGACAGAGAAGUUCCCCAAGUGUUUUCCUAUUAUUGCCUUUUGUUGAGCAUUUUUAUCAUUUACAUCUUGUCCUUUCUUUCUUUCUUUUUUUUUUGGCAGCCGGUUUUCACAGGCAGCUUGCCGUCGCUGCCAAAGUUGUCCCCUUUUCUCAUAUUUCUCCUCAUCUUUGACAUGAAUGCCUGGAAGUCUGUAUCUCUACCAUGACUGCUUCUUACAUGAGCCCUUCUUCAUCUUCUCUCCUGUUUCCCCCCUCCAAGCAGACACCCAAACACACACUUAUAUCCCCUUUGUUCACACACGUCCACAAACACAUAUCAUAUCUCACAUCAACACGGUGCCUAAAAAUACAGACGCCAUUGAACUUCUGUCAAUGCCUUCAUGUAUCGUCUGUCAGUAGCAAUGUAAAUGCUUUGUAGAUGGGUUAACUGGACCAUUUCAUUGCUUAGCUCACAGCUUUUGAUUAUGCAUUGCGACUUUUUUUAUUUUAUUUAGUGGAGAUCUUUGCUGUUUACGCCUUAUACAUGUCUAUCACACUGAAUAUGGUACUUUUAGAUCCACUUCCCCCCAACCCCAUCCCCUCUAAAUACACUUGUAAUUAAACAGUUGACCCCUGUAAGAUAAGAAGAAGGCUUUGUGUAACACUGUAGCAAGGUUUGUCAGAUAAGUGUAUAAUAUGAUUUUCAUUACUAGGGUAGGGGUAAUAAAGGGUAGUGUGGUAUUGUUUAGAGCAGAGAAUACACACAGAUGCUAGAUGAAGCAUUCCAUCGAAUAAACUCAAUCAAGUAUUUAAAACCAUUUGCUAAAUCUGCUGUCCCUAUGUGCUUUUGUCUGUAUAUUCCUGUACUGUUCAGGCUGCAGUUUAGCGAAACACCAACACCUCCAGUUGACACCUCCUAUUGACAGCUUACAGUAGUUUGUGGUUCAAAUAAAGGGUUCGGUGUACAGAAAGAAUCUCCUCUCUCUAAAAGCUGUAUAAAUUGUAUUGAAAUGAGUUUCACUUUGAAUUAUUUUGUUUAUGUUUUUGUCUCAUUGGAGUCAGUUUAAGGCUUAAGGACCCUGUGAAAUGUAAAAUUAGGAGCUAAUAAAGCAAGUACACAGUUACAGUGUGAAUAGGAGAUUUAGUAAAGUUUUCACUGAUGUCAUUUUCAUUGUUACCUCUCGUAAGCUUGAGGUCCAGGCAGCUUUCCACUGUGGUGUGUAUACACGUUUUUGUUCUCAUAGAAAAGCAUCCAGUCAUAUUAUUAUGUUAAACAAGUAGUUCUAACAUCAGUUUGACUUCAACCACUUGUCUUAUUUUGUAUUUCUGUUUAACGAGUUUUUAAACUGUAUAUAUCACCAACAUGUCAAAUACUCUCACCUCACAAACUGCAUAACUGCUCUUCUUAUUUCCAUUUUGUCAGAGUCGCUCUCCAUGAACUGAACUUUGAUUUUCAUUUCAUGGGGUCUUCAAGCAAAAAAAAAAAAAAAAAAAAAGGGAAAAAAAGAGAAGAAAAAAAAGGAAAUAGUGUGUGAGUGCUGGGUCAUAGAUCUGCAGGGGCCUCCUUUCCAAAAACGAAAAACUGAAGACAAAUAGAGAAGCACAAAAAUGUCUGAAUGAGUAACUGUGUUCCUUUGCCAACAACUAGAUUGCCUUGGGAAUGGUUCUUCUAUUCAAAUGGGUAGUGGAAAGAUGACAAGGCUGUCUUUGAUUCAAUUCUGGAGGGGAAAAAAUUACACAGUGCAUCUUUUUGAAAAUGUAAGCUAAAUCAUGUUUUUAUAUAAAAAUGUUUUUAAUAUUUUUGGUUUAAAUGGUUCUAAGCUCCCUGCCGUGUAUUGUGUCUGCUAAAAAUGUGGUUGAUUGUGAAAAUUGCUGUUAAAUUCUGGAUUCCUUCAAAUUUGUAUAUUAGCCACCUUAUCUAUUUACUUUUUUUUUCAUUGCAUAAUCCUUAUUGGAAAAACUUCUCAGCAAAUGUAUUUUGUUUUGGCACAAGGCAUGUAUAUAAUGUGUGAAAACUAAACUUUGGUAAUACACAUUAGCAUGUUUUUGUUUGGUUCUUUUUCAUAUUUUAAUUUAUUUGAAUUGAACUUAUUUAAGGGAAAACCACAAUGAAAAUAUGUUUGUAACUUCAUUUUGGAGGGCAAUGGCUUCUUGUGUUUGUGGCGUGCUCUUGGGUGCUACAGAUCAGAAGGAUUUCGUUGUAAAAUAAAAAUGUGAUCAACAAAAAAAAAAGAAGGUAAAUUAUGAAGAGAAAUCGAAGAAAAUGUUCAUCUGUCUUCACCAAAUCCUAAAAUAUAAAUUUGAAUUGAAAGCUUAACACACUGAGACAAACUGAACAUAACCUUGUAAACAACUUGUGUUUCUUUUCAUGUAUCCCUACCAUUCGUCUUUCAUCACUUUGCAGAAAUUUGAUUUACUCUCCUGUGAAAGAGCGAUAAACACUGUGGCCCCUGGAAUUAAACACUUAAAGGCAAGGCACUAAUCUACUAAGAGGGAGCAAAUUAUUACCAAGGGCAAUAAAAUAGUGGGCCCAGCUGUCUCCAAUUCAGUGGCCAAUUUACAACAUUAUGCAAAUAAGGUCAGCAAGUAAGGUCUUUCUCUAUGUGUUCGAACUCAAGCACUGCUGGAGUGAAUCACAAGUUGGGAAUCAUUAAAUCUGUCACCACUGGUGUAGAAUUUAACUUGCAUAUUACUGUUAAAUACGUCAAAGAUUUGUUUUAAAAAUGCAGAAGCUUUGCCACAAGCUUCAAUAUUUUAUCAUUUUAGUGCACUUCGAUCAAUGCACCACUGGUUCCAGGUUUGACUUCAGCCUCACCACGUUCCUUCAGUAGAUCCAGACUUUCUGUAUCAACAUGUGUGUAUAGAUCCAUUUAUCACAAUGAUGUAAUUGUCUUAUUUUUUAUUUUUCUAUCUCUCAUUGUGUCUUAAAUCAAUGACGGUGUCAAUCAAUUUGUUCUGUUUUUACGCCUGUGUGUUCAUCUUAGAAAUAAGAGAGUGCUUCAAUGGAUUUGGUGAUUGUGAAAUCAGACAAACAGGCUGUUUUAUAUCAAAUGGAGAGUAAUAGAUAAGCAGGCCUGCAGUAAUGAGCUUUAGAAAGGAAACAGGUCCCAUUCACUGAAUUAUGCACUCUGGCUAAUUUGAUGGAUAUUUCUUAGUAAAUGGUACAAAAUGUGUUGGGGUUUUUUUUUCAACCAUGUGUAAAUAUUUGUUUUGACAUGGCAGUAAUGAGCUAAUUUGUUGCAAAUGGCUUUUUAUGAUAGUUAGACCAAACCUGAAUCUUUUUUUAAUUUGUUAUUCUAACAGCCUGGGACAUACCAUCAUGCACUAUUUUGCUAUCAUAGAAUCAACUGUAGCUGUGUUCCAUUUUCUGGUCGGUUAAUAGUCUUAUUUCUUUCUAUGUUGCCGGUUGAAACUAAGCUUUAAACUUGUUGCCUCUUUGCUUUCCAACAUAUAUCGGUUCGAUUCAUAUCCGCGACAUCAUGGACCUCUAAUUUCACCCUGGCGGCAAGGCAGUAAUAGCGCUAACGCAGUCGCAGUGCCAUUUUCAUUGGGCACCUGUCCAUUUUAUAAACUCGCCUCUGUUCAGUAAAUUUCCUGGCUCCAAACGAGCCCACUUUCUUUGACUGAAGGUGGGAGUGGUGCAGCUGAGGUUACUUGUUUAUGCAGAACAGGCAGUGCAGUACUGGCAGUAAUUUUGGCGUGAAAUUGCACACAAUUUUGUGAACAAUUUCCAUGUUGGAGCUGGCACACAACAGACCUGUACAAAAUCACAAAAAACAUUCAUGUGUGCAUGACCUUUGAACAUGUGUGCCUGUAUUAGGCAAACAGUAAUAAUAGAAACGCAUUUUAUCUUACAGCAAGUUAUCGUCCAUGUUGACUAAGUGCACUAAUAUCAUUGUAUUAUAGAACAACACCCUAGAAUUUAUAGUCAGCUGUAAAAAGGGACAUCAGAACAUCCUUGGACGCAUAUUUGUGGAGCUGUUUAUUUGUGCCUUGUGACUCUGCACCACCGGUUUGCUUGCCUGUCCUCUUCCUGCCUGUCUGCUUCUUUUAAAGAGGGAUGAGACGAGCCGAUGUGAUUGGUGAUCACUGAAGCUUGUCUAAACUCCACCUGCUGAUACUGCAUUAUGUAUUCAUCCUGCUACAGCCUUUUCACCACACUGCACUGUCACAAAAUAUUGCAGUCAGUCGGGGAAACAAACACAUGCAUUUUUGCCCAAGUUUGCGCGAGCUAUUGUCCCCAGUUUCAGGAAAUUAGAGGCCCAUAUCUACUUAAAAUCCUUUAUUGGGAUAAAUACGAGAGCUUGGCCGCUUUGAGUCAUAGUCUGUCUUUUUUAGUUUUAAUGCCUUUGUGCUCCACAGCAGUGAUGAUAGCAUAACAUGGCCCGGUCCAGUCCUAUCUCCUCCUCUGACCCUUCAUAUGUCUUUGCUGUACAGUUUGGCUUCAGCACACUUCUUUGUUCAUCUGCAAUACUGACACUAGAAUCAGUCAGCCCAAUCUCCAUAUUGUCACAAAGAUGACAACAUGUGACGCAAUCGCAUGUAGAGAUGUUUUCUUUUCUUUCUUUUUCUUUUUUUUUAUUAUAUCUUUUUUUUGCAUCUCAGGAAUAUAUUUCAUUUAGAGAUUUCUUUUUGUUUGUUUGUUUUCUGUCUUAAAAUGGGGACCUGAGAGCACUUCUCACUCUGCUCGCCCCCGAAUGCUGACACCAUGUAUUUGUUGAGUUUAAGAUUAUCGCAAUGUUAAUAAAAUUAUUCAGUGAUUCUUCAGUAA